AACUGUCAGUGUCACUUGUCAGUUUUGUGUCAUUCGGUCUGAAGAAUAUUUUCGAGGUUUUGUUUAAAAUAUUACAUUUUUAGAUAUAUUUCUGACUUAAAAACUUAUUUCCACAAUGACUAUUAGCGACUACGUGUCGUCUUUGUCUGACAAUCCAUAUUUUGGAGCGGGUUUUGGCUUAUUUGGGUUGGGAGCUGGUGCCGCGAUACUUCGUAAAGGUUUCCAGGCAUCAACAAUGAUUUUCAGAAGACACUGUAUGAUAACUCUGGAGGUACCGUGUAGAGACAAGUCCUACCAGUGGUUACUGCAGUGGAUCACACAGAAAGGGGCAAAACAAACACAGCAUUUAAGCGUAGAAACGUCCUUUCUUCAAAAGGAUACGGGACAAAUAAAAACUAAAUACGACUUUAUACCUAGCGUUGGACAACACUUCUUCAGGUAUGGAGGGAACUGGAUUCGAGUUGACCGGACUAGAGAACAACACACAUUAGAUUUACACAUGGGUGUUCCAUGGGAAACCGUCACACUCACAGCCUUUGGAAGAAAUAAACAGCUGUAUUAUGAUAUACUUGAAGAAGCAAGAACAAUGGCCCUAAAACAACAUGAAGGUAUGACAGUGAUGUACACAGCUAUGGGUUCAGAAUGGCGGCAAUUCGGGCACCCGCGACGACGACGCCCUAUCCACAGCGUCGUGCUUCGCUCCGGACUCGCGGACCGCAUCCUUGCCGACUGCAAUGACUUCAUUAACAAUCCACAUUGGUAUACGGAGCGAGGGAUCCCUUAUAGACGAGGUUAUUUACUGUAUGGACCUCCGGGCUGUGGCAAAUCAUCGUUUAUAAUGGCGUUGGCUGGUGAACUAGAAUACAACAUAUGCGUCCUCAACCUCUCCGAAAGAGGGCUCACGGACGACAGGCUAAAUCACCUACUUAGCGUGGCCCCGCAACAAUCGAUCAUUCUGCUAGAAGAUAUAGACGCGGCGUUUUUGUCGCGGGAGGACACGCCAACGCAGCGCGCUGCUUACGAGGGGCUCACCCGGGUCACCUUCAGCGGACUGCUGAACUGCCUCGACGGCGUCGCCUCCACUGAGGCGCGGAUAGUCUUCAUGACCACUAAUUACUUAGAGAGGUUAGAUCCGGCGCUUAUUCGACCAGGAAGAGUUGACAUGAAGGAGUAUGUGGGCUACUGCGAUCAAGAACAGAUUGAAUUGAUGUUCCUCAGGUUCUACAAAGGAGAAGAAGCUCCUGACCGGGCAAAACUAUUUGCCGAAAGAGUGCUGGAGAAGAAAAAGAAAGUGAGUCCAGCGCAGAUUCAAGGAUACUUCAUGUUCCAUAAACACUCGCCCUCAGAACAAGUGUUAUCAGACGUCGAAGCGAUUUGGACACUUGGUUAAUGCACUAAAACCCUUCUGUGAUAAAGACUAGAAUCUAGGUUAAAAAAUAAAUGUUGUUACCAAAGUUA